AUGGACGCCCGGGCGAGUCCCACCCUGCAAGGCGCCGCUGCCCAGACCGACGCUGGUGCUGUCGCUGGUCCGUCGAAUGUAGCUGCAGAACCAGCACAGACUGAAGGAGUGGCGGGUCCCGUCAAAGCUGGCGGAGCGAAGGUAUCCUGUCUCGCCUGUCGAUCAGCCAAGCGGAAAUGCCACACUCCCGACGUGCACACGACCUGUCGCCGGUGCGUCACGCACGAGCUCGUCUGCGAGUACCAGAAGCACCGGCGCGGCCGACGGAAGAAGGAGACGAGCUCAGUUGCGCCACCCGACGCUUCCCCUUCUUCGCUUCCUGCCGUCCCGCUUCAACCGCCAGUCUAUCCUCCUCUUCCUCAACUACCUGCGAAUCAAGCGCCAACGUACGGCUCGCCCCAGGGGGCGAGCCAAAGUCACGCUUCGCAAUCGCCUGCUGGUACAGGCGCAUCGACCAUCCAGUUCUCGCAUGUCGUCCGAGAAGGCGACUCUUCCCCCUUCAUUGCCGGCCCCUCGACGGCGCAGCCGCCUCCGUCGGGGAGCGGUAGCUUUGGCUUGCUUCGCAGCAACUAUCCGGACCCGCUUCAAGCUGGCGUACUGAACGAGCUAGACGUAUUUGAACUCUUCAACUACUAUUUCGACCACCUCAACCUCGUCGUCGCGAUACUCGACCCUCGCCUGCACACCCCGAACUACUGCCAGCAAAAGUCCGCCCUCCUCUUCUCCGCCGUCCUCUGCGUGACAGCCAAGAUCCUCCGACCAGACGCCUACUCCGCCUGUCUCGCGAUCGCAAACAAGCUUGUCGGACAAGCGGUCGAGUACGGUUUGUGCUCAGUCGAGGUCAUCCAGGCGAUCAACCUCUUGACGCAUUGGAAGAAGGCGGACGACGCGACAAGUUGGCGGAAAGUCGGGUAUGCGAUUCGGAUGGCGCAGGAGCUGAGGCUGAACGUUCGGGUGAUUCGACCGCUUCCCGCGGACGAGAUGCAAGCUCGCGAGAUCCUCAAUAGGGAACGGGCAUGGCUGAACUUGAUCAUCGCGGACUACCACCUCGCCAUACACCAUUCCCUCCCUCGCAUGAUCUCGGAGGAAGACAUCGACGACCCAGCAGAAUGGCUCGCCGAGCACCCUCAUCUCCCGACACCCGGCGAGUCCUCCCUGCCGCCUUGGAUCACCUUUUCGCGAAUGUGUCGACUUUACGCCGACUUGCUGACGGCGAUGAACGGCGACCCGUCGAAUUUGCGCUCGCUCAAGUGGAUCGAGCAUGACUGGCAUCGCUGGCGAGCCAAGUGGUUAGAUCGACCUGACUUUCUCCCACCUCAAGUUUCGACCAUCCGCCUCUGCGACGCGCUCUUUGCCUUCCACCUCACUGAGUACCGCCUCCUGUACAACUAUCGGUACCGUGCGAAGGACCAGGCCGUCAACGUCGACGUGCCGUCCGACUUAACGAUCGCCUUCUGCGGUUGCGUCGAUGCCGCCGUCGGACUCGCUAACGUCUUCCAAAACCACUUCGUUCGACCGGGCUACCUCCCCUUCUGCUUCAACCUCGCCUACGUCGCGCUCGCCAUCUGCUCGAUCUGGCUCGUAAAGAACAUCGCGACGAUGAGCCAGUCCGACCGCGAGCGCGUCGUACGCACCUUAUCCGACAUCCAAGUCGCUGUUGAAGCGGCGUCGCGCUCGUCGGACGACAUGCCGGCUUACAUGCAUCGUCUCCUCACCCACCUUCUCACCACGCUUUCACCCGCAACGCAACUCUCGUCACUCGCCGCAUCGCAGAACGCCUCGACAUCGAUGCAGACGAUACCGCAGGAUGCGCAGGACUACCCUUCGAGCGGCAGCAACUCGAGCUGGUACCUCUCGAGCGCACAGCAGAUCAUACAAGACAACCUCCAUCAUCACCAUGCACACACCACUCUUCCUCCGCAGCAAGAACAGCAAGCGUUCGCCUCGACCAGUGCGGCGACACUCCCGCAGCAAGAGCAGACAGAGGCGAGCGUCUUUGCCGCUCUCGACGCCCUUCCGAUGCACGAAGACAUGCUGUUCCCGGCUGCAGACGACGACAUUUGGCGGCUGCUCUUCCCCAUCACAGGCGAUACAGCGAUGCAGUGA